AUGGCAGCCCUCAACGAUCUCGGCCCAACCGUACUCACUGCUGGCAUCGUGGUCGUCUCUGCACUCCUCCUGUCCAUAGCCUACCCUGAUCGCUAUGUCACUACCCGCUCGCGUCCAGAUCUCAUCGGUCCCAAAGGCGCGCCCAUCGUCGGAAAUCUCCUCCAGGUCAUACCUCGGCACAGACGGAUGCUCGGCUGGUUCAAACAGUUGAAUGAGAACUACGGCCCUGUUGCCACUUUCACGCUACCUCCGUGGGGGAGAGGUAUCCUGAUAAAUAGGCCUGAAUGGCUUCUGUACGUUAAGCAAGCGGACAUACAGAAAUACUCGCGCGGUCCUGUUGCACGGGCCUUAUUCAAAGAGUUUCCGGGCGGCAAAACACCAGUCGCAUCGGAGGGAGCUGGAUGGAGGCUCGCACGCAAGUCAAUGUAUCCGAUCUUCACAGUCAAGUCAUUCACAGAGCAUGUGUCGUCUGCAAUGAAUACGAUUGUUCCUACCGCUCGAAGCUUCCUCUUGAACGCCAGUAAGAAGAAUAUUCCCGUCGAUUGGAACGAUCUGGCAGGCCGAAUCGCGCUUUCAAUCUUCUCGCAUUCGGCAUUCACUCACGACACCGGCACUCUGACCUCGGACCCAUCUAUCCAAGGAUCAGAUGACCUGAGGAAUGCGCUGUUAGCGCUGAAUCUAAUCUCAGCACGCCGACUUUUUAAUCCUUUCUGGCAGUGGACCGAAUAUAUCACGGGCGACCGGUUUCGGUUCAAUCGCGCGCGCUCGUAUAUCCGUAACAUCGUGCUCCAUAUGAUUGAAGCUCGUCGCGCGGAGAUACGAGAUGUACCCGCCGGAGAACGACAUGCCGACUUUCUCACCGCCCUUCUUGAAGAUCCGACCUUCGACGACCCUAUACUCAUCCGCGAUACUCUUGUGACUCUCCUCUUUGCAGGUCGUGAUAAUACGCAGAAUGUUCUCGCAUGGGGUCUUCAUGCCCUGAUGGGUGCGCCGCAGUGGAUGGAUCGUAUGCGUGAAGAGGUCACGCGCAACGGUUCCGGCAAUCAUGAGCUCCAGUAUGCCGACCUGUCCCGCUAUCCUGUACAUCUUGCAGUCUUCUACGAGACGGUCAGAUUAUGGCCAGGGCUUCCGAAGAAUGCGCGCUUAGCUUUGUGCGAUGAUGUGCUUCCUGCACUCCCUGAACAUGGCAUUGCCGCGGUCAAGAUCGAGAAGGGCGAUUAUAUCUUUUGGUCGGACCACAACAUGAUGCGUGACGAAGCUGUCUGGGGCCCCAACUCGAACACGUUUGAUCCAAGCAGGCACCUCACUCCUGACGGAUCCUUCGUCCGACCAGCUCAACCAAGAUUCAACGGCUUUGGUGCAGGACCGCGACUCUGUCCCGCCGCUCAACUUGCUACAUACGAGUUUGUGGCGACCAUGGCCGGGAUUCUUCCCUUCUUCGAUCUCGAGCCCUCGAAAGUUCCGGGUCUUUACGACGAACCAUCCAUGAACGAAAGUUUCACUUCUUCUCUUGCUGGACCGCUCUGGAUCGAUAUUCGGAUGCGAAAGGGGAUGGACUGA